AUGGGUCAGCAUAAUUCAAAAUCUAGUCAUCAAUUAAAAUCUUCAACUAGUGAUAACAAUACAUGUCGAUCAGCCAGUACUUCAGCAAACAAAUCUUUAACUAUUAAUAAAAGAACAAUUUAUUAUGGAUGGGAGGAAAUUCAUCGUUGUUUACAUACUGAUUGGCUUCAUGGAAUUUCACAAUUAUUUGGUUUUGCUCAUCAUACAUUUACAUGUAAUUCUGAACUUCAUAGUGUAUGUGCUCCGGGUUUCUGUUCAGAAUCGUUAUCACGUAAACUUCAUGGUUUUACUCGAUGUUCAACAAAACGAUUUCGUUGUACAUCACGUUCAAUUCUUCCGUCGUCAUCUGCAUCGACCAAGAGUAAAAAAUUGCGUGAGCAUUUCGAAUACAAUCAUAUACCAGCAAUGAUUAGUUCGCUACAAAAUUAUUCUGUUCAUCGCAUUGUUAAUGGCUGUUCAAUAUCAGGUUUUGAUCAUGGUGAAACGAUCAUGCUAUCGAUUUAUUCUGUUGUAUUAGAUAAAACAAAAUUUAUUAUUGUCGAUUUAAAAUUAAAUAGAUAUGUAUGUGCACUUGGUGAUGAUUACAAUGGAUUAGUCGAUGCCAGUAAAGUUCAUUCAGCUUGGUCCAUGGAUAGAACACAAGUUAUUCUACGUGUACCAAUGUUGGGUGGAUCAGCUGCAUUAGAUUUUUAUAAAAUUAUUAAAAAAGAAGCUAAACUUUAUCGUCGAAUUUUUCCGAUUGAUACUCAUGCUCGAUUUCAAUUUAGUCCCAAUCAUUGGUCAUCUCGUUUAGCUCUAUAUACAUGUAUAACUCAGCAUCAAAGUACUUUGAUUAGUUAUAAUAUAGCUGCAUUAACACCUGGUGGUUCAAAUAAAACACAAGCACAAACUAUUCAACUGAAUGAACAAUAUGUUGGUUCAUAUUUGACGUUAAAAAAUGUACAUACAUGGUCAACAAAUACCUAUGAAAAUAUUUCACUUGAUGAAGGGUUUCGACUUCUAUCAAUCAUUUAUACUCCUGAUAGUGUUUAUAUGAUAUUAACAUUUGCUGAUACGCGAUGCCAUUGUGGACAAACACUACCAAUUAGUUAUUUUGAUAUGUAUAAUGCAAAUACAUUGCAGCGUUUAACUCGUGUUCAUAAUCAAUUAAUGCCACAUAUAUGUCCGUUACACAUGUGUCGAAAUUUUUUGACACCAGUUUUUUCUGUAUGCUCUUCAAGAAUGGCAUUCUGUACAACAAAAAAUAAUGGUGGGAGAGAAUUACAAAUAUCGAUUAUUGUCCUGCCCAAUGAACUUAAUUUAAAAUCUAUUUGUCGUCGUUUAUUAUUACGUUAUUUAUAUCAAUCAAAUGGAAAAAUUGAAGAUAUUACUAGUGAACUUCCAUAUCGUCUUAGUCAAUAUGUACAAUAUAGGCCGGAAUAUCAAUAA